AUGUCCUCUGGUUCCAACAAUCAUGCCAACUCCACGCCCCGCGACGAGUCGCCCACCGGUUCCCCCCGGUCCGCAUCCGUCUCGCUUCAGGCUGCCGCUACCCUCAACGCUGGAUUGCGACGCUCUUCGAACAGCUCAUUGCGUGGCCAUCAAUCUCCCACUCAGAUAGGCCGCCGACGAUCCAUCCUCAUGAAUCUACAGCACAACGACCCCACGGUGCCUGCACCAGGCGAGAUGGCAAGCGAGCAGCACAGUCAUGUUGUCAGUCCACAGCUUGGCGCGAUAUCUCCCACUACAGCCGAUCCGCACCAUCACAGGGCGCCUAGCCUUGGUGAGCUGCAUCAGGAGCUCGAGGCAGAGCAAGAGGCCCAAGUAAAUCGGUUGCUUCAGCAAAUUCGACAGCAACAGCUCGAACUGAGUCGUCUCCGGGAGAGCAAUCCAUCCGCUCUCGCCGAGAAUAGCAGCGCCGUAUCAGAGCGCUCGAUCCAGGGCACGCCCAUCCCCCAAGGCUCACAGCAGUCGCUGCAGCACGCGGCACCUCCAAGCUCAUAUUCGCGAUCACCCAGUUUCCGGCACAACCGUCUGUCUGGGGGCGACCUGGCGAGAGCAGAACUGCACCGGCGAUCACGAACCCCUAGCAAUGGCGCGUCCCCAGGAUUGAGGUCUACUUCAAUCAGUCAGGAGAGCGGUGACUGGGCGCUCGGUGGAAGAGAUGAGAGCGCGUUCUACCAGGCUGAGACGCAGAUGCUCACCCGGGAGAACCAGAUGCUCCGACACCGGAUUCGCGAGUUAGAAAAGCAACUAUCGGAAGCUUCAGGCGGAGGUGCCGCGAGCAACGCACCCUCGAUGCAGUCAUCGUUGAUCCGGUCGACUAGCAGUGUGGCAGAAGCGGAUGCGUCCGAGGAGGGGGAUAAGGGUGAUUGA